AUGGCGGCCGCGCCGCUGCUGCGGGCGGGAGGCUCCUGCCGCCGCCACCGCCGCCUCCUCAUCGCCUCCUCCUCCUCCUCCUGCUCCGCCGGCGUCGCCGCGCGGCUGAACGCGGAGCGGCCGGACAGCGCGGGCCCGGGUUUCAGCCCCCCCGUGCACUCCCACAACGACUGGAUCGGGCCCCCGGACAAGCAUUCCAACCUGCGCCCCAUCAUCUUCUACGUGCCCCCCCAGGAGUCGCCCCUGGAGCGGCGGCUGCGCGAGGCCCGGCAGGAGGCCCAGGCCUGCAACCAGCGGUUCUGGGCACGGCACAACUGCGCCUUCCGACAGGAAAAAGAAGAAUUUAUUUAUUCAAGACUGAAAGCCAAGGGUCUGGAAAUGAGAGAUGAAACAGGUCAAAAAGCAACACUGAAUGCAGAAGAAAUGGCUGACUUUUACAAGGACUUUCUAAGUAAAAAUUUUAAAAAACAUAUGCAGUAUAACAGAGAUUGGUAUAAACGUAAUUUUACGAUCACGUUCCUCAUGGGACAAGUAGCACUGGCAAGAGCUCUGAGGUGGCUUCGUUGGAAAAAGAAAAAUGUAGAACAUUAAUCACAGCUCCGUGAAGAAUGCAACACGAGCUAGGCCUGGCAUAAACUUGUUGUUUAUAGUGAUGUUCAGAAUCUGAAUGACUGAUGUAAUAAUUGCUUGAGUCUGUUUGUUAAACUAUGUAAAUAAAAGUCAGUAUUGGUCUUAAUUUA